CGGUUUUCCGAUCUGCGAUUUUUUGCUCGCCGAAAGCUCCGUAACUUUACCGGUUUCAUCCCGGCGAAAUCGCGCCGAGCGAGAAAGAAACAACAAUAGCAUAUGGUGAAGCGCAGCCGAGGGUGGAAGGCGCGCGGGAUACGCCGUAAACAGCCGGUAGCGUAGCAAGCUCAAACCGCGACCUCUCGCGAGCGUUUUCCAUCUGGCGCUGACGAAACACCCUUUUCCUCUCUUCUCUUCUGUUCUCCUCUCUUCUCCUCUCCUCUUCUCUUCACUCUUUUUCUUCUCUUUUCUUUUUCAUUACGUUCGUGCAAUCGUGUGUGCGUAAUCGUGCAUAUGUGUGUAUGUCCAACUCUACUGCAUAUUAGUGUGCGCAACGUCAUCCCUACUUUUUUGUGAUCGAACUACGCGCUCGAUCGACGUCUCGCGUUCGAAACGUUCGACCGGACAUUGGAACGAGCGAUCGAAAAGUGCAUUUUAUUCUCGAGAACGAUCGGCCACCGAAGAGAUACGAAAAACCACUUUCCUACGCACCUAUAUCUGCUUUUCUCUUUUUCUCCCUCUUCCUUUUUCUCUCUUCUCUCUCUCUCUCUCUCUUUCUUUCUGGUUAAAUAUCGAGCGAUGACUACUACCAGAAGUAGAAUUCUCGAGCUAGACUUCCACCUAUUUUUAUUUUUAUCGCCAACGAACUUGCGUACGUUCCGACACUCUCAAGGCGCCUCGAAUCCUACGUGAAUUUGGCAAAGAAUCAACUUAUUGCUACCCUCUUAAUGUCAGUCCUUUUAUCAUUACAUUUCUAACCGGUCUACUCGCGAAAUUACGUCGGUCUGCUCGUGAACGACACGUAAAUAGUGGCAUAGGUAUUAGUUAUCACACGGUAAUCGAAUAUCCUUGAUCGCGUAUCAAAUGGAUCUCCUCUUUCGUUCACCUGUAUGAAAGACUCGUGUAUUGUACACGCGGGGUCGUUGAUCUCGAAUAGUCUACGAAUGAAUAGAGACGGCGCGCGUAUAUUCUUCGCUAAUACUUCGGCAGCUUUCCGUGGUAUUCAUAGAGAACCAUUCGAAGCAGUUCUAGCGAUGUUUCGUUAGUUGGCUGGUCAUGAGCGCAUUGAUAAGUCUGGUCGCGACAGGCUAGGACGGUGAACGAAAACCAAUAAUUUUGCGGUUUCCUCGAGAAGCCUAACCAUAUUCUCCAUCCGUGAGACAAGCUUCCACCGAUUGCCAGCAUAUUUCACAUCGACAACGCGUAUCUAUUUCUUUGGCACCUGUGCUAUUCCUCUUUGCGACGACGCGAAAUGAAGAUUUUCUUUUUCGUACGGCCACCUGCCUAUUGAUUCACUAUUUUUCUUAGGAAUCGGUUUACUUAAUCGUUCAUACGAAUUGUCGGAAUGAAGGAGAAAAAAAGAGGGGAAAAGUGAAGAUUUUUGAGACGCUGCCAAUCGUGAAGUAAGUUCAUUGCUCGCUUUGCUUCCUGCUUGAGAAGAGACAUAGCGAAAGGAAAAUUUAAGGAAAUGGCAGUCCGGAGGCAUCAUCUGUAGGGAAAUGCAUAGAAACGAAGUUACGAUAAUGUACGGCUGUAGAAAGUCUAAGGAAAGGGAUGGACUAUAAGGAAAACGAGAGGCGACUGCCAAACGAAGCUCUUCGUACGCGUUUUCUCGUUUUAUGGCUAACUGCCCAAAAAUCUUCUCUUUCAUUCUUUAGACAUUUUUUGCGUUUCUAGGUACGUAUUUUUAUUCGAUUUUACAAGAAGGAAAUCCCCUUGUGACGUUUAGUUUCAAUACCUUAGUCCUUUCGUAAAACUUCAAAUCUUUUUAUUUAACAAAUCAAAUUGAAAUAAUUUGAAUGACUACUCUUUAAAGUCGUGAAAAGAAUUGACAUUGAUCUAUGCAUCUUAUGCAAAUGAAAAGUCGAGUUUGACGAGUUUCGUUGAUUGGAAUAGAUAAAUCAAAGCAUCUUUCUUGAAUUAUGAUCGGCGACGAAAGUACGUUACUCUUUUAUGAUCGUACACGAGUACAGUAUCGAUAUCUUAACGUGCUCUACUUUCUCAGCAUCCGGAAUGUAAGUACCCACUUCUGCUCAGGAUCGUCUUCGUCUCUAUCGUCUUAUUUUGAACAGGCGUGCUUGAUUUUCCACGAAAGAUAUCGAGAAAAUCGCCAGGAUUUUGUAGUUACAUAUACGAAAGAAGAAGAAGAAAAAGGAGAAGAAGAAAAAGAAGAAAAAGAAGAAGAAAAAGGAGAAGGAGAAGGAGAAAAAUCAAUGGUUACCUCUUCGUAUCUCGAUCGAUGGGUCUCGAAGAUAAACGUUAUCGAUGAUUCGACUUAACCGCGUAAUAUGCGAAACGUUGGCCCCUCGCGAAGAAACUCGAUAGCCUUCGGCGUUGGAUCUUCGUCGAGAGGCAACUUGAGAGGAAAGAAAAAAGGCGCGAACGCGAUAAUGUAGUAGUAGAGUAAUAGUAGCCUGGCCGAGGUAGCCGUGUUGGGGGCCGGAACGGCGAGGAAAAGCGAAGAAUUGAUGCGAUGUGAAGAUCGUCAUGAACCCCCCUGCGACCAGGGACCCGUUUGGCUCCAGGUCGCCGGGAUGCUGUUACCAUUCGUGGAACCCUCAAGUUUAUCCACCAUGCGCGAUAUGCCAAAGGCCGUUGCUACCGUUGCAACAGUGUCCCUUGCGACGUUCCGUACCUCUUGUUCAUCCAACAUCCUAUCAGGAAACGGAUCUACGAGGACAACAGGAAUAUCGACCUAUUCGUCAACGUUCCGUCGAGACACCAUCACCAAGACGUCACGAAAUUCUCGAUAGGCGACCAGCCUCAAAUCCUCACUAUCAUACCCAUCCACCGCCUAGUACUGGUUAUGCGCUCAACCGAUCCGCUAGUGCGACUCGUCUCGGUUCACCUGGUGCAUCUCUCGGUCAACGAUCGCCAGGAGCUCGUAGAGCGAAACCUCCUGGACUCGAUCCUCCUCAUCGAUGGAUCGGAGAGGAGACCAAAAGAUCCUUACCGCAACACGUCUACAAGUAUUACCUCGCACAGACCAAGGAAUAUCGCCGGCAAAAUCUCAAGUGGGUAGUGCAGCUCGGUGGCGCUACUAUAAACUGCCGUUAGCGAGACACAGAUGGCAGGUCCAACUGGAUUCUGCUAUUCCGAUACAGAAGUUGCUUCUUCCUCCUUAAAUAUCUUCGCCAUUUUCUCGUUUUGUUUUCAUUCGAAACAAAAAGGGACUCCAGUCGACUGUACGACGUCAAAAGAACUGAAUCAACGCGAAACGCGCAACAUGUAUCUAUCUUUCUACAAGAGCAUCACCGAAAGAAAAAAGCUUUUGUCAGUCAUUCCCUUUUUUAGUAUAAACACAAUGCCGAACAGAGAUAUUGCACAUGUGUUUUUAAAUUCUUCAACAGUUGUACAGUCACUUUUAAUUUGCUAAUACGCAUCUACUUGUAAGGAAGAGAAUGUAUGUCGGAAUCGAUGCGACAAAUAAUUUUGUUUCGAUUGAUAAAAUGAAUAGUUUUGAAUCAAGUUAAAGAACCUGCAUUAAAAUGAUUACAAAAAUGAAAAUAGAGAAGAAGAAGAAAAAUGAAAAACGCUCCAGAAAAUAAAGAACUAUUCCGCGCUAUCGAUGUAUCAAUGUUUUAUGGUACAGAAAUUACUGUAUCGCGUAGGAAGGAGAAAUCGAUAAAGUCCAAUUUUUUCUCUUUUCCAUACGACACAACAUUCAUAUAUCGGAUUUCUGGGUGUAGACGCCAAAUGGGGGAAUGGGAAAACAUAUUGUUUGCAAAAGCUACAUA